GGCGAGAGCCUCCAGCACUCGCAGUGUCAGCUCUCUUGCUCCAUCGCUUGCUUUGCCUGCUUCGAUCGAUUGAUCACGUCUCUCGCUCUGUUUUUCGUCUGUUCGAUCGGAGUAUUCCACUCGCACCGCCCAACUAUUUUUCACUAUGUUCACCUCCUUCAUGAGGGGUGGACAGCAACAACAACAGCAACAACAACAAGGACAACCGCCCCCUCCAUUACAGAGCUGGUACCCUCCUCCUGUUGUAGGUCCAUCUAACACCGGACUGUCACGCGUGCCACCACCUCCAAAUUUUGGAGCUCCUCCACCUGGGAUAAAUCCUCUUGCCUGGCAACCCAUCUCUGAUGCACGUCCAGCUUCAUCUAUCUAUCCAUCGAGUACUUUGUCUGGAUCCUAUUCGAGAGGUUAUACACGACCAAAUAGUUCGCAGGUCUCGUCUUCGGGGUCAUACUCAUCAAAUUCAGGCGCUUCUAAUUCAAUGGCAAGCUUGGAAGCUAAGAGUCCUGAAGAGCUGACCAGGUUGCUUAACGAUAAAGAUGCAUAUAAUGCGUACCUUCACUCACUUGAUGAUGUGAGGCGGCUGGACACGAUUAAUGCUGAAUUGGAGAAGUCAACUAUAGAUGAAUCAAGAAACAAUUUGAUGAAGGAGUCAGAACUUGCUGAAUUGAGGACUCAGUGUAUGAUCAUUAGGAACACAGAGCUGGCUGUUAGUCGAGAAAGAUUCGAGGAAUUGGAAAAGCGAUAUAAAGAUAUACAAGCCAAUUGUUCGAUACCUGCCCUUCUUCACAAACUUCAAGAUGCUACAAAUGAAGCCGAUGAAGUGUCUGAAAACCUGCAUCGUAAAUUUCUAGCUGGAGAAAUCGAGUUACUCGAGUUUAUUCGCGAGUAUCGUCAGCUGCGUCUUCUCUACCACAGACGGUCCCUGAUCCGCAUGUCGGCUCUGUCUUCCAUGCCCACUCCAGGGUAGUUUCAUUUGUAGCAAAAUUUAAACGUAUUUAUUUAGGUACUAGUUGUACAGUGGAUUUGUUAGUCCCACAUUAGACAAAGGAUGGUGAUCCAAGUCUUUUUUCACAACGAUUGUGAAUCGGGUCCCUAUGGAUUCUUGGUGGCUAUGACGAUACCUGUAUUUGUGACGUGUAAUGUAGGAUGUCAGGAUAAUCUAUCAGUUUCUUCAGGCGUGGAAUUUUCAUGUCGAAAUAAACUUUGCUACAGGCAGAGGUUUAGGGAACCUUGA